UUCAAACAUUGCCAUCUACCCGUAUCUUGAAGCACCUUCCUUAUUAAUCUAACCAUUUCAUCUCCUUUCUUCGCUUCGUUUUCUCUUUCUCGUUAUCUUUCUUGUCCUUUCUCUCCUUUUCUUCUAUCUUCUAGCCUUUUUCUUCUCCUUCCUAUUCAAGCAUCUAGCUUCCUCCCUCUCUUGUAAUUAUAUUAUUUUGGACUACAUAUAACAUAACUUUAACUCAUCACAUCAUAUAUUACAAGUAGAGAAAACACUUUCACUCUAAAGAAUCAAGGGCCAUGGAAGACUCCUCCUCUGCUGAUUAUAUCCGCCUGGUGCACCGUUUGAUAGAGGAGUGUAUCCUAUUCAACAUGAGCAAAGAAGAAUGCAUGGAAGCUCUUUCCAAACAUGCAAAUAUCAAGCCAGUUAUUACCUCCACUGUUUGGAAGGAGUUAGAGAAGGAGAACAAGGAGUUCUUCGAGGCAUACUCGAGGAGCAGAGAAGAGAAAGGUUCAGAGAGAGAGACAAGGCAAAGGAUACAAAACAUGGUUUCAGAUUCUUCCAAAGAAGGAGUUUAGGUUUCAGACGCAAUCAAGGUUAGUCGUAAAAUAAACGAAGGUCGACAAACCGGGUUGUUUAUGUAAUAACAUCCCAAUAAAAGGGUAACAGUGAUGACAGGACAAAACCACAUUGGACCAAGGAAACAACAACGUCGUAUCAUGAUAAGUGGCUUCAUUUGAUUAGUCCAACAUGUAGUAGUAGAAGUCAGCACUCUACAGUGACUAGUAGAGUGUGACAUGGCAUACAAAUGUCAUGCUAAACAAUCCAGAUUCGAUGUACAUGUAAAUAAUAAAAAUAACUUAUGAUUAAAUAUUCUAC